CUCGCUCAUUCGACUCAGUCUCCGGUCUGUUCGAAGCUCAAGCCACCAAACAUUCAUCAGAAGGGGACCUCUUUAUUCCACAAUGCUGUCUUCAGAUACCGUUUCUCUUGCUCCGGCGGCAGUGAAUCCAGCUGAGCAGCAAGAAUCAGAUACUCUAACUUCGCUGGUCAUGCAAAUCGUGGUUCGUCGUGAUCUACUAGAUGCAGAAGGCUGGGGUGUUGGUCCGCUAAUGGCACAAGUAGCGCAUGCCACCGCUGCUGUACUGCAUGAGACCCGGGGUCUGCCUGAAACUCAAGCGUAUCUGGAAGAUCUGAAGAAUAUGAGAAAGGCCGUUCUGCAAACGACAAACCAAGCCAGCCUACAAAAGCUCAGCGACCUGUUAUCGGCCAGUACACCACCAGUCCCUCACCAUCUUUGGAUCGAACAGCCGGAGAAUGUGCCAACAUGCAUCGCAAUCGCACCCAAUCGCAGAGACACUAGGAUUAAGAAGGCACUCGACAAGUCCAGCAGCCGCCUUUGGAAAGGCUAAACCACGCAAACCUGAUAUCUUGAUACCAAUAUGACAACACGCUGCUCUGCUGACACAACAAAACAAAAUUCUUAAUUGCUACAACAGGGCUAUCGUACACUUGCAGGUAAUUGCGAUCCAACAUCGACUGU